GCGAGGGAGGGAGGCAGGCAGGCAGGCAGGCAGCCAGCCAGCCAGCCAGCUAGCCAGCAGCGGGGCCCCGCACCGGCCGCCCCCAACGCGCCCCGCACCAUGUCCGAGGACAAGCCCAAGGAGGGAGUGAAAACGGAGAACGAUCACAUCAAUCUAAAAGUGGCCGGACAGGAUGGAUCCGUAGUCCAGUUCAAGAUAAAACGGCAUACACCUCUAAGCAAACUAAUGAAGGCUUAUUGUGAGAGACAGGGUUUGUCGAUGAGACAGAUUAGAUUCAGAUUUGAUGGGCAACCAAUCAAUGAGACAGACACACCAGCACAGCUGGAGAUGGAAGAUGAAGAUACUAUUGAUGUAUUUCAACAGCAGACGGGUGGAAUGUGUUAAAUGAGCUGCCCUUGUAGAAGAGGAAUUUCAAGAUCUUCACCACAACUCAUGUCAUCUGUUUUGGAUUUGCUAUUAAAUAGUAAACAAAUGAACAUGCCAAUCACCCAGGAAAUUUAGGAGGACAUUUACCAAAAUUAUUUUCCUCUCUGACGUGCUACGUGUGCAACUCAAAACUAUCUGCAGGGAUUAAUCUACAUCUUAAAUUGGGCCAAUAAGAAUUGUUUUUGUUGAAGUAAAUUAUGGGUUGUCUUGCUCGCCAUCACCUUCCUUUAAACCAGCGACCUGCAUGUCCACUUUUAUUCGGGGUCAGAUGUCCUGGUUCUCAGCUCUUGCUCUGUUCUUUUCCCACUGCUUAAUUCUCUAAUCAUGUAAAUAAUUCACUAAAGUCACUGCAGUGGGGAAUGUUUCUUCCCAGUACAGGGACAAGCCUUGCGGGUGAUGGGACAGAAAGUUGGGGGUUUCAAAAAAAGAAAAAAAAAAAAGAAAAAAAGAUUUACGGUACUGUGUGUUGUAGACGCAGUUAAUAUUCUAAAAAUGUUAAGCUUACGAUGCCGGGAUUGUACAUGCAGAUAACAGUACUUAGAAUAGAAAUGUAAAAUAUUGCAAUAUUACGUGGGCUUUGUCAGAAUACGCUAAAAUUGAGGGGGAAAUGUUGAAAGCUUUUCGGAAGGAGAAAGAAAACCGCCGGUACAAGUCAGCCAGUUGAAGCUGUAGUUAUUUAAUCUGUGGUCCAGACCUCUCCCGAGAGUCUCAAGUUCCAGGACAAAUUGGGUUCCCUCAUGAAAACGAAAACUCUCACCACCACCACCACCGGGCACGCAGCUCAGCAUCCACUUACACGAGGUGCUGGGCAGAGAGAUUGGCACAAGGCUGCUUUUUCCUUUUUAUGCAGAACCAAAACUCGUAUCUCCCUCUCACUCGGUACUAGUGAAUGCGGCCUCAGGCUUCUUUCAAUUCUCGUUUCUGACGAACAGUCGUGAUCUCCCCAUUAGAGCGAGAUCACGUAUUUGAUGGGUUUGCAGCUGGUCGCGUCUUUCACAAAGCUUCGGAGAGAUUGUUAAAUCGGAAGACCGUACGAAAGAUAAAGAGUAACUUCACGGUAUUCUAAGUGAUUCUCGCCAUCUCGCUUUCCCACAUGUGUUGAAUUUUAAAACGCGUUCAGUGCGGUGACUUUUUAGUUCCGUAACGAUAUCUGGGGAAUCUGCACCAAUUAGAAGUUUUAAUAGGUCUUCCCGUUGUCCCUCAGUAGGUUGCCCGUUGCUGCUUGAUGAGGUCAUGAGCUGCCUUUUUUUAGAUUUACCCGACCAAUUGGACCGUGUUAGAUCAUCUCCUGCUUGCUUGAGAUCUUGCUGAAAAAUGUCUCUCUUUCCUUUUGCGUUUUAUUGUAUAUGGGCCAGGGAGGGAUAUUCUGUUGGAGCUGUCAUGUUUAUUCACCAAUUUGUACAUUAUUUGUUGUCCUUUACUACUGUAUACAGUAAAUAUAGUUUGGUACUCUGUC